AUGUAUAAAGUUUUGUAUAUCAUAUUGCUUUCAACUUAUUUUAUUAAAUAUUUAUUUUGCAAUAUAAUAGAACCUUACGAAUUUAGCAAAAGGGAGUUGCUAAAAAUUUACGAGGAUUUCAACGAAACAUAUUUAGAUUCUGACAAUAAUAUUUUAGACGCAGAAAAUGUAUUUCAUAAUUUAAAAUUACUUUCUGUUUGCAAUAUUCAGAAGAAGAAUUUUGUUACUUUUAUUUCAAAAUUUCUUUGCAAAAAUAUUUUUUUUACGUCUUACAUAAAAAUAAAAAAUGUUGAUAUACUUUACGGGGACUUUGUUCAUUCAAGUUUAUCUAAAUACCUAAAGGAAAUAAAUUUUAUGUGUAAAUACUACAUUUAUGACAAUUCUUACGAAAUAAUAAAAUGUGAUAACAGUACAUACAGGUUAGAGAAUUAUUUUAUAGGGUUCGACAUAGAAAAGAGAAAUGAUAUAGAACAAAGGGAAAGUAGUUAUAAGCACUUUUUGAAAUCAAACAACUUGUUAAGUAAAAAUGUAAGUACUUCUGAAAAAGGUAAAGGAGUAUUAUUACACCAAGGAAACGAAAAUAGAAAUAACGAAAAUGGUAACGCAAACAGUAACAAUUAUAGCAAUGAUGGCAAUAAUAGUAGUAAUGAUACUAAUGGAAAACACACAAAUUAUGGUAACAAUGUUGAUAAAAUCACCAGAAAUAACUAUGUAUGUAAGUUAAAUAUGAACGUUAGUUCUUACUUAUCGUAUGGAGAAAGUGUCAUUCUAAAAAUUUUAAUUGGCCUAUGCAUAAGAUUAGGCUAUAAGAGACAAAUAUUAUUUUCAGAAAAUAUAUUUUCCCUGGGGAAGCUUUUUGAAAAAAACAGUUCUGGAAGCAGUAGUAUCUUUAAUCUUGGAUUUGAUGUUAGUAGUAGCAGAUUUUACAAUUCCAGUGAGAAAUACAGUAUAAGAAGUGAUAACUCUUUUAUUAAUAGAAAUAGAAAAGACUUAAUAAAAACAGGUAUUCCUAGAAUUAAUUUAAAAUUUUUUGCUAAUAAAUCCUAUUUAUUAUGGAGAGGAAUAGAAUUAAAAAAGGAAAACUUUAAUUAUAAAUUAUUGGAGUUGAAAAAUUUACUAGAUCAGACAAACUAUAGGGAAAGGAUAAAGUCAUGUUAUUUGAACGAAUUGUUUACUUAUUAUGAGCAGGACGAAAUAUAUAUAAAAAAAAAAUUCGGUAAUAAAAUAAAAUAUAGAAAUUUUAGGUCAAAAAAUAUGAACAAAUUAGGAGAUUCUUUCUUAAUAGUAAUCUUUGAGUACUUUUGUGAUAAAAAUGUUCUCUCUUUUGAAGAAUGUGUUAGUAAUAUUAAAUCAUCUACCCUUUUGGAUGAAAAGGCAAAAAGUGUUUUGCAUCAUUUUCUAUAUGAAAAUUUUGUAUGUAUUGAACGUUGCACCAUUAAAGAAGAACAAUUACAUAUCUUUAGUAACGAUAUAAUUAUAGAAGAAUUACAAGAAUAUGUUAAUAAAAGUAACUCUUUUACAUUUAAACAUAAAAGUUAUUCAAAAAAAAUAAAAGAUAAAAUUAAAAAAAAUACUGAAAAUAGAGGCAUAUUUCUUCCGCAUGAUGACAAUAUACAAAAAGACUUUUUUGAGAAUACUAUGUUCACAUUUGAAUUUGAAUCCACAAACUCUAUACUAAAAGACGAAUUAGACAAAAUAAAUAUAAACGAUAACUUAGAAAACAGAAUUUGCAACAUUAGUAAAUAUAUAAAAUAUCAUGAAAAGCUUUAUGAAAGGGACUACAGAAAAAAAAGUAACAGAACGUUAAAUGAAUAUAAUAUUUGGAAUAAUCUAUUUCUGGAGCAUUCUAAUCGUAAGAAUAUUAGCGAUUUUAAAAAAUAUGAAUAUGUUGAAGGGGGGAAAAAUAGUAUCGAAUUUUCCUUAACAGACAUACAACAUAAAAUUUCAAAUUUUGGCACUUCACAACACAGCAGCUGCUGCAAUGAUAAUAAUGAUUAUAAAAAAGAAAAUUGCUACGAAAAGUUAGAUUAUCAUCAAAGGGAAAAUUAUUACAAAAACUCGUAUGUUCAUGAAAGCUAUUCUGAAAAAGAAUAUAAUAAUACUUCUAAUGAAUUAGAAGAAUAUGAAAUAAUGGAUGAAAUUAAUUUAUUAACGAAGAAAUACCCUAACCAUUUAGAUACACUCUUUCGUAAUAAUAAAAAUAAAAUUAAGGGAAUAUAUCCGUAUUUAUUUAUAAUGCACAAAGGCGAAAAAGAGAUUAAUAACUUACAAAAUCUAUAUGAAUACAAUACUUUACGAAGUGUGUAUGAAAGUUAUCAUAUGAGCGGAGGUACUAAUGCAAAGAAGGACUAUAAUCCUAAUAAAAAUGAAAUUAUGCGAAAAGAAUUUUUUAAUUUUAUUUAUUACACAAAUAAUAAUUAUAGCUUUACUGUAAAGAACGUUCCUACCAAAUAUAAAAACAUAUUAUUAUUAGAAGAAGAAAAAGAAGAAGAAGAUGAUGAAGAAAUAAAAAUAAAACCUUUUAUUAACAAUGGUACAGAACAAAAUUCAAAUAAUUCUCUAUUACGAAAAAGAAAUUUAAAAUUUUUAUGCACUAAAGACAGUAUAUGGCCAUAUUCAAAAAAGCCUAUAAAAUUUUCCAGCAGUAGUGGUGUUUAUUGUGAAGCUCAAUUUGAAAAUGUGUUAUCAGUUAGAGUGCUUGAGGAAGAGCAGACAUUUGAAUAUUUACUAAGGCAUAUUACUAGUAAAAAAAAAAACAAAAAUACACUGAGGAAUAGUGAGCAGGGGAUAUAUUACUACUAUACAGAGGACGCUUCAAUCAAUGGAGAGAGACAGCAAAGAAAUAGUGAUACUUUCAUAUAUCCUGAAGGUUUGUUGUAUGAAGCUAAGGGCAUUUCGUUGGAUGAAAAUUCUUCUGUAAAGAGUCAAAUUAUAGGAUUCCAUUUUUUUAAUAAUGCAUGUAUAAUAAAAUAUAUAGGACCUGGAAAAAAAUAUCACAUAAAUAACCCUAUCUUAAGCAAUGUUUUACUAAAGUUAGUUUUUGGUUAUUGUAUUAUGCAUGGAUUUACAACCUUAAAAGUUGAAGCAGAAACGUUGGAUUAUGAGACGGGAAUGAAAACAACAAUUUUGGAAAUAUUAUUAAAUGGAAAAACAAAAUAUGAACAAUUAGGAUUAAAACUAACAAAUGUAGCAAUUUUUUCAAAAGAAUUAUAUUAUAUUAUUACUGGAUUUACAUCGAAAAAUGAUCUAACAUUAUCAGGUAUUGUAAAAUUUGAACAUAAUUUAUAUGUAAAUCAUAACAUUGAAAAUUUUUUUUUUCAUUAUAUAAAUAGAGAGGCUAAAAACAUGUUAUAUAAGUUAACUUUCAGUUGUAGUGAAGACUAUUAUCCUUAUAAAAAUUGCUAUGAUAUUUACCCAUUAGUGAGAAAAAAUAACGAUAAUUAUUGUUACUUCGAGAUGAAUAAUAUAUUUAAAGAACUCAAUGAACUUUUUCCUGACGUAUGUACAAUAGGUAGCCGUAUUGGAAAAUGUUAUGAACAAAUUAAAAAAUAUAUUCUCUGCUCAAAUAAUAGUGAAGGUUGUAAGUACUAUAAUUUCAUUAUAGACACCUUCAUAAAACCAAGAAGAAAAACAUCAUUUUUCAUUAAUCAUAACAUGAAUGUUCAAGAAUAUUUAACAAGGAAAUCCUAUACAUAUUACUUAAUAUUGAGCGAGCUAAUAAAAAAUGGAGAAAGUGGAUUGUUGGAAAAAAAAAAUUAUGAUUAUAUGACUCAUGCACAAGCAUAUUUUUUCUUAGCGCAUAUUUUAAAAAAUUCAACUUUUUUUAUUUUUUGGAAUUUUUCUACCGAAUUCUGGAAAAGGUUUCAAUACAUUCAAAAAAAUGAAGAUGGGAAUGCUUUUACUGAUUCGAAAACUCAAACAAUAUUUUGUCCAAUGGCAUAUGCUUAUGAGUUUAUAUAUCAUUUUAACACAUUUUAUAGGAAUGCGUAA